CGGAGUUACGGAUGAAACCAAGACAGUCUUGCGGGUCAGCUGACACUUCUGGGAUCAGCUGAUGCCUUGAAGCCCUUCAGUGAUUGGGUGGCGGGGAGAAGACAGGGGAUCCUGCACUCACACACAGGUCGGAGAGAGUUGCAAGCAGGAAGACAUGAGAUUCCGGUUCUGUGGCGACUUGGACUGUCCCGAUUGGGUCUUGGCGGAAAUCAGCACUUUGGCAAAAAUAUCCUCAGUGAAGCUUAAGCUGAUCUGUGCGCAGGUGCUGAAGGAUCUGCUUGGGGAUGGGAUUGAUUAUGAAAAGAUUCUGAAGCUCACUUCAGAUGCCAAAUUCGAAUCUGGGGAUGUCAAGGCUACGAUUGCCGUUCUCAGCUUCAUCCUCUCCAGCGCUGCCAAACACAAUGUGGACAGUGAAUCUCUCUCGAGCGAGCUGCAGCAAUUGGGGCUGCCCAAAGAACAUGCCACGGGGUUGUGCCGGUCCUAUGAGGAGAAGCAGAGCCCCCUGCAGGACAGUCUGAGGAGGUGCAGCCUGAGAUUGAAUCGCUUGGAUUCCACAUCCUGGCGGGUAGAUUAUACUCUCAGCUCCAGUGAACUCCAGAAGGUCAAUGAACCUGUCGUUCAUCUCCGGCUGAAUGUGAAGGACGUUGACAGAGGAGUUCUGGAGCCUGUGGCCAUGUCCCUGUCAGCCGAGAAAUUCCGAGUUCUGCUUGCAGAACUGAAACAGGCCCAAGCCAUCAUGAAAACCCUUGAAUGAAGCGCCUCCAGGAUGGGAACGCUGUGUGGCUUGAAUGAGCUUCUUUGUGGUGCCGCUCAUGAAGUCCCCACUGAACAGUUACUCCACAAGGAGAGUCCUUGUGUGGAAAGCAGGAGCCUGGCCUAACAGCUGUUGACAAAAUCCUUUCCAAAAUCCCUUCCUCUCCUUAGGCAGUUUCUUUGUUUUUCACUCUGUACUGUAUGUGUAAACCAGACCUUUCUACCAUCUUCUGUAUCACUUCAGGCUGCAGUGGGAGGGGGGGAAUCACAUUUCUGAAUUCCCCCCCCCAAUCCAAAUAUCACUCUGCAAUCAGAAAGCUAGCACAGCAAGGAGUGGGCUGGGAGAGAACCCUGAGAUGCUAGCUUUCUUGCUUGGGGUUCCCAGGAGAGCAAUCGAAAAUGGCAUCCCCCCUCUCCAAUCUGAAGUGUUUCAGUCCAGUUUCCCCCUUGCUUUUGUCUGCAAUCUGUUGUGGACUGGACCUCUUUUGCUUCCCUUUGACCACCCAUUUCGGCUAGAACUCUCCCUCACCAUCUCUAGUGUGGUUCUCGGUCUCUCACAGGGCUAAGCCAGGGGUUCGCGAACCUGGACCCCCAGAUGUUGGACUAUAGCUCCCAUCAUCCCCAUCAACCUUUGGACAUUGGGGUGGGGCUGAUGGGAGUUGUAGUCCCGCAGCAUCCAGGGGCCCACGUUCGAGAACUCCUGGCUAAGCUGCCACACAUUCGACCCCUUCUAAGUUUCUUCCCGCUGACCUGACAGCCCCCCCCCCCCAAGGAUUUCCAGUUGUUCCAAAGCAUCUGUGCAUCCUAUCUCCAGGUAGGACAUGCUGAAAAGCACGCACAGGGCUGCUGACGCCAGUAUUUCCUGCCAGUGGUGCUUUCCCCCCCAAUCCACUGAAACUGCCUGGGCUCUUCGGGGAGCGUGAUCCUCAAACAGAAUCCCCAAAGUGGAACAUCUUUGCUUGAAGCAUUGCUCUGUCAAUUUCACGUGAAUGUCAAUUCCGCAAAUGUAGAAGAAUCUCGUCCAUUUGUGACCAUGUGAGAUGCCCAUGGGAAUCUAGCUUCCCCUCUCUGGAUCUGUCAUGUUUAAUCUACACACACACACCCGGCUUUAUUUUUUGCAGAAACAGGAAAUCCCCAACAAGUUUUCACUUGCUGCUAUAGGACAUAGCUGAGCCCCACCUGCCCCCCCCCACCCUCCCCACUCUUUCCCCUAACUGGUGACUUGUCUGUCCUUUCUACUUACCACUGAGACAUCUCUAAGGAAUGAGUGUUGGAAGGAAGGCCAGCUCAGCCUGCCCUCUGUAUUCCGCUCGACUCUUUGAUUUGUGCACCAUGCAGAGACCCGUGCAUCUAAAUCUCCUCACCUAUUGCAGCUCAGCCAGAAUGAAGCCAGUUCUCAGCAAUAUUUCUGUACUGUGUGGAACAGGAGCAAUGAAUCUCACAAUACUGACA